GCCCGAGCCCAGCCCGAGUGAGCUAGCGCCGCAGACAGACAAAGGAGGCAGGAGCGUGCGGACGUGUCCGUGAGUGUGUGCGUGAGAGUGUCGCCCUGGACCGGGGACGGGAGAGGAGAGAAGAGCAGAAGAGAAGUGAGAAGGAAGGGGGGCCAGAAAACAGUGUGAUACCUCUAGUCGUGCGUGCGUCAACCGUCGAGUGAUUUUGUGUGAAUGUGCAUCAGUCCAGCAACAUGAGGCUCGAAAUCCAUUCCGCUGUCAACUUCCUGGUGCAGCUGCUCCGGCUGCACCACAACAGCUUGAGCGAAUCCCAGCUCGAGAUGUUCAAGGGCUCGCUCAGCGAGCUGCUGUCCCACCGGUACCGCUACCACUGGUUCCCCGACAGGCCGCACCGAGGCUCCGCCUACCGGUGCCUGAGAAUCAACGGCUCCAUGGACCCCGUCAUCGCCGAGGCCGGGGACGCCGUCGGGCUGCCAGGCUCGUACCUGCACCGCCUGUUCCCCUCCGAGCUCACCAUGUGGAUCGACCCGGCCGAGGUGUCGUACCGGAUCGGUGAGAACGGCUCGAUCUGCGUGCUCUACGAGGACGCCCGAAGCGAGCCCACGGCCAUCGUCACCCUUCCCCACGAGCCGGAGCUGCUCAUGGAGCGGGUGGGCAACAAGGCGCUGCCAGUGAGGCCGAUCCAGCACGGCAUGCACGUGCCCCACCAAACUGUGCAGCAGAAGUACGACCUGAGCACGUACGCCUCCAGCUGAACCCUCUACCCCCAUUUUGUCCCGCGUCCUGUGAUCUCAUUUAACUCAUUCCCAUUGAUGUGGAACAUUUUAUUGAAUGGCCAUAGCACAACAAAGUUUGUUUUGUUUUUGUGUUUUGUUCUCUUCUGUCUCUCGCUUAAAAGGAGGAGUUUUGAGUUUUAUUUUUCUUUCGCGUUUCGUUUUGACAGAGCUAAGUUUUGUUUUGCGGGACGGUCAUUGUGGAGCUAAAUUUUCAAAAAAAGGAGAGGUUGCGGAGAGAGAAUUCAAAGGCAUGGACAGGCCCUAAAAGGUAUUUUAACACCGUAGAGAUGUAUUUGGAACUUUGUAAUAAUUAACUUAACUGUGUCAGUUAUAUUUAUGGUGAUAAUAAUUUUAAAAGUGUAUGGUUCAGAAUCACACAUCAAACGAAGCAAAUUUAUACAUGCAUACCUAGCAUUUCCCAUAUAUGUGUAGUGGUAGCUCUUUUUCAAAAUUUAUUUGCCUUCAUUUUUUUUUUCAUCUUAAUAUUCUGUUCUGUGUGACUUGGUGUAUUUGGUUUCGACAUCUUGCUGCAGUCUGCGUCCACUGCUGUGGCAGUUAAGAUUGUCUGUGACCUUCCAUUGCCUGCCUGCUGGAUAAAAACGUAAAGUCCCAUGAAGUACAAAACAAUACGUAGUUCAUGGUUGAUAUAAUUGAUCGGGAUUCAUCGCGGAGAGGCGCAUCUGACGUUUCCAUCAUAAACUCCACUGAAAGACUGCCUCGCCGUUCUCAAGGCUGCAACAACAACUUCAAUCUAAUGCGUGUACGCAGCCCGGAGGGUAGGCCAAGCCUCGGUGACGUCAUCUCCACGUUUCGACGCCGCGAUGACGCCAGCGUGUUGCCUAUCCCUCGGGGCAGUGCGGGGGGGCAGUCUCAAGGUAACGGUUCUUUUCUACGAGUGUCGUUGAAAAAGUCCAUGUGCUGUUCGGUUGGAGCUCAAAAUUGCAUUGCAGUGUGUAUGUGAUUGUAUUAUUGUUUGAAUCUGUGUAGCAACGUGUCAGCUAACGAUCUCGUCUCCAAAAAACUUAUUUAUUUAUUCCGUGUGUAAGGGACAGUGUGAUUCUUGUGCGUAUCCUAAGAGGGUUUCGCUGCAUUGUCUCCUGAUCAGUUAUUGAUACAAUAAGAAAACUAGCGUAGAUGAGAAAUCAUACCUUGAAGCGAUAGCCGGUACUUUCAAGUACUGAUUGGGGGGUUAACUCUCGUUCUUUGCACUAUGUGCUGUUGACUGUGUUAAGUUGUAUACAACUACUCUAAGAGAGCUUAAUCUCUUUCAUCAAGUACUCAUCUUGUCAAAACCUGUACAGAAAUUGGAAAUUAUUAUUUAUCGAAAAAUGAAAUCACAGAAAGCUUUAUCUUAUAUCUCUAUUCGAAGCAAAAUUGAAAUCUAUUAGUAUUGACUGUGUUCAAAACGCCAGAAUGAACUUUACCAAAUGUCAAUUUGUACAUAAAUUAUUUAAUUGAUUCAGAUUGAUCUAUGGUAGUUUUAAAUACAUUUAUUUGAUCAACACCUUGCAUGUCAAAGAUUGCCCCAUAUAUUUAUUCAUAGUGGUAUGACUUUUCUCUAGUGAGUGGUUUUCAAUCGUUGAUUUGUUGUGUAUUUUAUAUUCAUCGGCGAAAAAUCUCUCUGGAGUGUCACGGUAGUGCAAUUUUAUGAGUCUCUUGAGUUAGCGAACUUCUUGUGAUUUUUGGUUGAUUAGGAAUGGGUGGACGAAAACGAUACCUGGUCUGUUCGAAGAAUGGCAUAUUUCUUCGUCGGAAAGUAGCGUGCAGCGCCAUAACCACCGUAAUGUAACCAUAACAUUGUGAUAGCAGGCAUUCUGCGCCUACCUUACUUUGAAGCCUCCUCGACGUUGGGCCAAAAGUAUUUUAAGCAAGCGAGUUUAAAGCUCGCUCCCAGUGCAGACGACCUUUUCUGUCUGAACGGGAGCGAGGCGCGAGCUGUUUCUUUUAAUUGUGAUCAAUCGCUGACCAGUCAAAAAACGGGCACAGCGAGUCGAGGUUCCGUCAUUGUGAUCUGAUCCCACCCAGAAUUGUACAGUUUAUGUGGCGUAGGGCGGAGUCAGGGUAGGUGCAGACCAAAAAUUGUAUAGAUUGUAAAGAUUCUCUCGAAAAUUGUGAUGUUGCAGACCAGGGUAAGAGGGAGCACGAGGCAGCAUAUGGUAUUAACUGUACUUAUUAUCAGGCCGAUAAUGUAAAUGAACUUCGACGUAUGCAGUGUGACCUGACCUGACUGCCUGCCUGCCUACCUGCCAUACACGAUCGAACUCCUUAGCAUGGCAUAAAAACAUUAUUCUAUCGAGAUAGAGACUGCAGUAGGUUUAUAUUAAAACUCUUCAGGUAAAUGGUACAAAGCUGGCGACAGCAGUCUGUGAUGUUUUGAUUGCAGUAUUUAAUAUAAGUCCACUGGAAGUAGGUAACUACAUAAUUAUAGUUUCAUUCAUGCCUAUGUUCAUUCGUGUAAGUUUGCUUCCAGUGAUUUUCAAUUAUAUACUAAAUUUAAAAAAAAAUUGAAAAU